UCCUCCGAGUCCCUGCCUUCUCCUCCCGACGGCCAUCUCCAAGCGUGGAUCCAAGUGCUCUGCAUGCACUUUGUCUUCUUCAACUCCUGGGGCAUAUCCAACAGCUUCGGUGUCUUCCAGCAGUUUUACUCAGAAACCCUCCCGCAAUCCGCCUCGGAUAUCUCCUGGAUUGGAGGCGUCCAGGUCUCUCUGCUCUUCUUCGUGGGUGUCAUCGCCGGCCGUGCCACAGAUGCAGGAUACUUCCGGCUGAUGUUCGUCCUAGGCGUCCUUCUCCAGCUGGUCGGGGUCUUUAUGACGUCUCUCUGCAGAACAUACUGGCAGAUCUUUCUCGCACAGGCAGUCUGCAUGGGUCUGGGAAAUGGAUGCACCUUUUGCUCUGGUCUAUCGAUCAUGUCUUCAUACUUCCUCCGCAAACGUGCCUUUGCAGUUGGGCUGGCGGCUUCCGGGGCAGCGGUGGGAGGACUGGUCUACCCCGUCGUCGUUGACCGGCUGCUAUAUGUAAACGCAAUCGGAUAUUCAUGGACACUACGCGUCGUGGGUUUCAUCAUGCUCGCAACGCAGAUCCCAUGCAUCUUCCUGUUCAAGCCACGUCUUCCUCCUCGCAAGGCCGGUUCCAUUGUCGACUGGAGUGCCUUCAAAGAGCUACCAUUUAUCUUCUUCACAAUGAGCAUGUUCUUCAACUUCUGGGGCUUGUACUUUGCCUUCUUCUACCUGGGAACAUUUACCCGUGAUAUCAUCGGCGUCUCCAACAGUUUGAACUUCAUCAUGGUUCUCAACGGAGUCGGGAUCAUUGGCCGUAUCAUCCCGAGUAUCAUUGGGGACCGAGUUACUGGAAUGCUCAACAUCAUCAUCCCACUUAGCUUUUCAGCGAGUCUUCUCGUUUACUGCUGGGCAGCAGUCACAACGGAAGUUGGGCUAUAUGCGUUUGCUGUUGUGUACGGAGUCCUCUCGGCAGCGCUGCAGUCGCUCUUCCCGGCAACAGCAACGACUAUGACACCGAGUAUUGAGAAGACAGGAACACGGCUGGGAAUGAUAUUGAGUAUUGUGGGGGUCGCAUCAUUGACAGGUCCAUCGAUCCUGGGGUCUCUGAUUCAGAUCGACCAGGGAGAAUAUCUUUAUGGGCAGCUGUUUUCGGCAACGUCGAUCUUAAUCGGUGCUAUUUCGGUAGUAGCAGCUAGAAUAGCAAAGACGGGCUUUACGUGGGAGGGAAAAGUGUGAUUGUCUGUCUUUAGAGUGGAAUUCUAUCGAUGGUGAAGAGAGAUGUAUACACAUCAUUGUUCAAUUAGAGGCAAAGCUCUGAUUCAAAG